UAUACAUUAGAUGAAUUUUAGACGACUUUAAUCGUCGGAAAAUGGAAUCUUCUUUUCCAUCAUCACUCCCGCCUUUUACUCGCAGUCCUCACUCCCACCUUCCACUCAUCACCGCGAUAUUGCCGCGCCGCCGGAAAAUUGCUCCUCCGCUUUCGACGAUCACGGCGGCGUCAUGCUCUUCUCAAGCUCCUCUGCUUUCGGCUCGGACAGUUAGCAUAUCUUACAGCGAACUCAAGGAUAAGAAUGCCGACUUAUCGUCGAAAAUUGAAGAAGGCUUUGGAGUGAAUGGUCUUGGACUUCUUUCUAUAUCGGAUGUUCCUGAGUACUCUUUGUUGCGUAAGAAUCUUCUCCAUCUUUCGACUAGAUUAGCUAAUGUCUCUGAAGACGUGAAAAGGGAGCUGGAAGACCCAGAUAGUCGGUACAGCUUUGGAUGGAGUUAUGGAAAAGAGAAGCAAGAUGGAAAGCUAGAUAAACUUAAAGCAUCCUUCUUUGCAAAUCCAAUAUUGGAUGUACCUUCAACUGAACCAUCAAAUAUACAACGAUAUCCUUCAUAUUGUAGAGCAAACAUAUGGCCUCGUACAGCUCUGCCAGAACUUGAAAUUGCCUUCAAAGCACUUGGAAAGCUGAUCUUGAAUGUUGGGUUGUUGUUGGCUCAUCACUGUGAUCGAUACGUAUCCAGCAGGAUCACAACUAAUGAGAAUAAAGAGAUUCUACAGACACUUCUUCCCUCUAGAUGUCAUAAAGGUCGACUUCUUUACUAUUUCCCUACCCAGAAUAGUAGCUCUGCCCUAGAUGAUGGAUCUGUUUCAUCCUGGUCUGGGUGGCAUACUGAUUAUGCUUCCUUAACAGGUCUAACAUGUGAAAUGUUUACAAGAGACGAUGUAGAAAUUCCUUGCUCUGACAAUGCUGCUGGCCUCUAUAUAAUGUCGCGUACUGGUCAAGUUGUCAAACCGGAAUAUGGUGAGGAUGAAAUAGCAUACCUGGUUGGUGAGACGGGUGAAAUACUGUCAAGACAUCUGCUCUGUGCAACACCACAUUGUGUUCGGGCACCAAAAGGGGUGGAAGCAUCUUCUGUGGGCCGCUCAACAUAUGUAUUGUUCAUGCAGCCUAACUGGGAUGAAAAGUUUAAUUUCUCAGAGCUGGCGCAUAUUCAUGAGGAGUUGCGCCACUCCAACCAUCCUCUUACUUAUGGAGAGUACAGUGAAAGGCUGCAUGACAAGCACUACUAGCUCAAAGAGUAUAGUUUUACCUCUACUGUGUAGUUUGCGAGCUAUUAUGCUGGAGUGGAGUUUACAUACCUUGACAUAGUGGGCGUGGGUUUCCCUUGUUGUCCAAAAAAAAAAAUGUAUAAUUAUGUUAUAUCGAAGCAAGAAAACACUACUUAUUCUACACCAAAUAUAUGUAUUGAUUGCAAACAAA